CUGCCACCCCCUACCUUGUAGUGGGAAUGUACCAAGUGCAAAUUCCGGAAUGACCAAAAUGGCGCCGAGAACAAAAAUAUUAUCGUUACUUCUCUUGCUGAAUUUCUACGUCGCUGCAGCCCAGUUUUCCAUCAAUUACGCGGCAACCGAUUCCUGCCAGAGGCCCACAGAGUUCUAUAAUUUUGCUAGCCUCGGUUGUGACACCUGUACUGGCGCCGACUCCCAGACAAGCACCGGCGGUGACAUCAGCGGAUGGCUGGGCGUGUGUCUCCUGUGGUACAGGUACGGCACUGGACCCUGUCACAGGCAGGUGUAACCCCUGUCCUGCCGGCCAAAUUGUAGAUGUGUCCGCUGCCACCAAAGCUUUAUUGAUGUCAGCGGUGGGACCUGUAAUUGUCCUGAUCCCAACCAAGUGCAUGGUGGAAUUUGUUUCACAGAUGCACAGAUUGGUGUGAGUCAAAACCUGGACUUCACUUGGGAUGGUGACAACAAGCUAUCGUAUUACAUUGAGGAAUAUCUCCUAGCAGCGUCUCUGGGCUGUACGCCUGCCGCUGGUGCCCAGGUUACCCAGCGUAACCUGACGGCCUGCCAGUUGCUAGGCAACCUGUGUGUGCUCCGCCUCUACAACCGGCAAAACGAUGGAACCAACCAGGAGGACGGCUGUACGCUACUUCAGACACUGAGUGACGACAAUAAUGACAAUGUUGGCACUGUACAAGACUGGAAAGUGGCCAUGCCAUGGCUGUAUUACGAUCACCAGCUGAAUGACGUGUCAGAGAUCCUGUCCGACACAGAAAUCACCACCAAGUUCACCUUCAGUGCAGCAUCCCAGUCAUCCAAGCUGGACCUUGUUGUAGCAGCCUACAGUCUGAAUGGGGAUUUUUUGGGAAUCCAAGAUGUUACAGGUGGUCUCUUACAGCUGUGUAAGGAUAGCACCACCAGACUAGAUGCUGCCUACACCUUUGGAACAACCUACUCACAGAGCUGCCGACUGAACGUCCAAGACUUCUGGAACAACACAGACUACCAGCAGAUGGUGUUCUACGACAUGUAUUACCGUUAUCCAGAUGACAGCACCCUGUAUGCCAUCCCUGUCCUCAUCACCAAUGUCCAGUACAGUAAUACGGACAACUCUGGCAGUGACCGUACCAAGUGGCAGUUGGUGCGGAGGUUCUUCCUAGUGGACCCCAUCGGUGCAAAGUUAGCAGCUGACGGAGACCCUCAGGUGGUCAGAUAUGCCAGCAGUUUCUCCAUCGGUGUACAGCUCCGAUCAGGGAACAGAGAAGGAGAGAUCUACCCACCCCUGGUCAGGAUUACCUACUCUGAAGCCUCCCUGGAUGACUACAAUGCUAAUGCCCAAGCCACAGUUACCUUCAGUGUGAACUAUCAGAUGAGCACAGCCACCUAUGAACAGGAUGUACAGAUUGCCAUUGGUGUGCUGAGUGCACUGGCCAUUCUGUGGGCCCUCUUCGUGUCGACCUCCAGUUGGCGACGGAGAAUCGGGGCACAGAUUGUGGACUGUACGUCCUUCCUGAAGUUCUUCCUGUUCAUGUUCGGACCCCUGGGAAAUGCCUUCUUCCUUGUAGCCAUGGGAGCUGCACUCUCCUGGCUGUUGUUCUUUAAGAGACAAGACCAGGUGUACUUGCUGCUUCCCACACCUGCACAGGAGCAAACUUUCAUCAUCUACCUGUCUGUGGCAUGUGGCCUCAAGUGUCUGGAGAUGAUGCACUUUCUCUUCACCCAAAUGACCAUCGACAUCUUUUUCAUCGACUGGGAGCGGCCGCGUGGGAAGUCUGCGGACGUGGAAGGUGGGAACGGGAAGACACAGUCCGUCAGCAUGUGGAGAACGUACUUUGUGGCCAACGAGUGGAAUGAGAUCCAGACCACCAGGAAAAGUAACACCGUCUUCCAGCUGUUUGCUGUGCUGCUCUUCAUGAAUGUGGUUGGGUUUGAGAACCUGACGACGACCGACCCGCGAGCGUACCUGGUGAUCGACAGUGAGCAGUACGUGGGAGGGUACAGUAAGCUGCUCAGGUUCGGCAUGAUGUCCACUGUCUACCUGGUGGUGGCUAUCGUACAGUGGCUUUUCUUCACCUUCUUCUACGAGCGUUUUGUUGAGGACAAGCUGGGACAGUUUGUGGACCUCUGCUCCAUGGCAAAUGUAAGUGUGUUCAUCAUGGCUAACACCCACUUUGGGUACUACAUCCACGGGCGCUCCGUCCACGGUCAGGCCGACACUGGCAUACAGGAGAUGUAUGAGAUGAUAGUCAGAGAAGAGGAGAACAGAUGUGGCCAGCGUGGCCUGCUCCCCAACACAGAUAAUCAGACCUUUGAGAUGUCCCUUCCACACAAGCUCAGGGACCAGUAUGACAGUAUUAUCAGGCCCCUGCAGCAACAAGCUGCAGCAGCCAGGGGUCAAAACAGACAAAGAGCUGGAGGAGGAAACACCACCAGUACAGGGGUGGACAUUAACCAACAGGUGGAUGCCUACAAGAAACUCAACAAAUACCUGGCUGCCUUCAUCGACCAUUCCCGUCCAGACAUUGACUACAUCGUGAAAGAUAAGAUGUUCCUUGAGAGGCUACUGGAUAUGGAGUUCCUGGAGACCACAGACAAGGGACACUUCUACAAUGAUGACGGCCAUUCCUUCGAUGCUGUGCUGUUCUAUGGAAAUGAGAUGGUCCUGUUGACCUUUGAACUGGUGGUGUUCAGCGUGGUGGAUCUGAUUGGACAGAGCUAUGUCCUGGACGCUGUCAUCACCUACCUCAUUUCUCGGUUCAUUUCCAACCUACGAGACAGCGGUGGCAGGAAGAACCUGGCCAACAAGACCCUGGUGGACAAACGCUUCUUGAUCUAGAACAUUUCAGCCAGCCAGAGCUAGUCAGACAAUGGACAUUGUGUUUGUAAAGUUGCACUAGACAACAGGCAUUGUGUUUGAAAAGCUGCACCUGCACACUUGGUACAUUCCAGUGAGAAAUGUAGUGUAUACAGGACUAAAUGUACAGUUUUGUAGUGUUCCUUCUUGACUUUCCAAGGAUAGUGUUGUGUAUAUAAGGUGUUGUAUCUUCAAGUUGCAUUAUCUUCAAAGGGUUGAGAAGUGUUUUUUUUAGUGAAAAUACCUAGAUAUGUUAAACUUUGUUGUGAUAAGAAUAAAAUGUAUAUUGGCACACAAAAAGAUAUAUUUUAGAAAAGACUUCACAUGCUUUUGCAUUGUACAUUUUCCAUUGACUUCUCUCGUUUUACCUCUCUUCUCAUUUCAAUGGUUGGUACAUACAUUUUCUCUUAAUAGACUAUAGUAUGUAUUUGUAAAUGUUGGGAUUUUCUCAAUACUUUAUCUGUCUUCAAAUGAUAAGAAUUUAGCACUAUAUGAAAUUAGAAAUACUCAAAAUGUCAGUUGUGAAACUAUUGUUUCCUGAGAGGGUCUGUUUGUAUAUUUUUGAGUGAUAUUGACAUGACAAGUCAAAAAUGUAUAUUUUCUUAUAAGCGUAGUGAGGCCAGAAGCAAGGUUCUGGCAUUCCGUCACAUAUGCUGACAAAUAUUUCUCAAAAGAUGUGUUGCUAAGAUGUGUUGAAUUAAAAAUUCAAAUUCACCAGACAAUUCAAAAUGUAC